UGGGAGACGUCCUCAUGUCCUGCCCCGAGUACAUCCAAUACCGUGGCCUUCUCCUGCCACCCGUGGCUCACACCGUGGAGAGCUUGGAGUUUGCCGAAAAUUUUGCUGUGGAAGACACUGAUGUUUUUGCUGUGACUUAUCCCAAGUCAGGAACAAUCUGGAUGCAGGAGAUUCUCCCGCUGGUGCUAAAUGGGGGGGAUCUGACCCCAAUCCAUACCAUUCCUAACUGGGACCGGGUCCCGUGGUUGGAGGAGAAAAGACUGGCAGUGGUUGUGGAUCAGCUGGCAUCUCCUCGUGCACUGGUUUCACACUUUCCCUACCACUUAAUGCCUCCUUCCUUCUCUACCUCCAAAGCCAAGGUCAUCUAUGUCAUGAGGAACCCAAAGGACCUCAUGGUAUCUUCAUACUACUUCCACCAGAUGGCCGAAUUCCUUGAGGAUCCAGGAACUUUUGAUGAGUUCAUGGACAAAUUCCUGGAGGGCAAAGUGCUGUUUGGAAAAUGGACAGACCAUAUAAAAAGCUGGACAAAGACGGAGCUGGGUGACAGAAUAAUGUUCAUCACGUAUGAAGAUAUGGUCCAGGAUCUGCCUGCAGCUCUUCGGCGUAUUUCUAGUUUCUUGGGCCGUAAUCUGAGUGAAGAAGUCAUUCAGAAGAUAGCAGAGCAUUGCUCUUUUAAGACCAUGAAGAGCAACAGAAUGUCCAACUUCAGCCUGGUCCCGAAGGUGUACAUGGACAACGACAAGUCUCAUUUCUUCAGAAAAGGCAUCACUGGAGACUGGAAAAACCAUUUCAGCUCAGAGCAACUGGCCCGAUUCACAUCGGUUAUUCGCAAAGAGCUGGAGGGUGAAAGCUUCUCUCUGCCAUGGAGCAUGGACUGAUGAAGAGCAAAGACACACAGAGACAGAGCUGUGGAAGUAAAGUCUUAUCUGAUAUGAUUCAUGUAUACAGUCAUUAGUGGGCCACAUUCUCAUAAUUACUUUGAUUGUAGGCAAAGAGCAUUUUGUUGGCCUUGUUAAUGUGUCACCAGGACUCAGGAGAGCUGCAGACCCUGUUAACGUUCUCAGGACCGACAUGCACAUACAAAACCUUCAGCAUGUAAAUAUGAAAUAUCCAAAUCUAAACAAACAGCAUCUUUAAAAAUGCAGGGUGGAUAUUUUGUGUGUCCAGGGUGUAAAUACUGCAUCAACAAAAGCUCAGCCUUUACAUUAAACACAUUUAUACAAUAUCUGCUAAUCGCCAACAAAGAAAUGCUGCUGUAACGGCGACCAUUUCCAUCACUCACAACUUAUUGCACCUUUCUGCUGCAGCACUAAUUUAGUUGUUUUUCUGCCACGUGACAUGAUUGAAACAUGAUUUUGUACAAGUUUCUGUAGAAAUCUUUUAAAGGCAUCCUAAAUAUCAUCUUUAAAAAUAAGUGUGUUUUUACUGAUAAGUAAUUUAUGAAGUCCCCACCUGUCUCCACCCACCCCCAGUCACUCGCUGCAACUCGAGCACACCAGCUCACCUACAACUCUGCUCAAAGUUCAGCUAAAAGUCAUUGUUUCGUAUACUGGGUCACUAUUUAAUGACCUUUAUUAGACAUCAUAACUUGCUUUGUUGACUAACUCUUCCUCACCUCAGUGUUUUAUGUUGGAUUUUUGAGGUAAUUUUUCUGUUGUAGAAGCCGGCCUCCUUCAUUGAGCGACAACAUGACAUUAGCGCCUAGAAUUUGAGGAUAUUUGCAUGCUUCAGACUUUUUGCUAUGAGGUUACAGCAGGUUGUUGUCUUUCUGUAGCCUUCUCCUGCAUCAGUUAGCUUUGUUUCAGAUUGUUAUUGUUGCCAAAAAGUUAAAAUAGUUAAAAUCAGCUAACGGUAACAAUUGCUGGCCAGCCUUACGACUCCGGAUGUGUCAGUUACAGUUCAACAUGACACUUUACAAGUUAAGCCUGAACUUUAUAAAUGCUUCAGUUACUGUUUUUGUUGUACAGGAUGUCUCUGUUUGCUGGAGGGACUGUGUGUUCUUCUUGUCACUUCAAAAACCAACGACAUAUGUGAUACUACCUGUAAUGCCUAAACCUAUGCAUGCAACUGUUUAUAGUAGAAGCUUAAAUAUUGAAUAUACUGAUGACUGAUACUUUUUUAAAAAAUCAUAAACUACAGGUUAUUACCCAUUUGUGUAAUUGUGGGGUAAAUUACUACCUCACAAAUCAAGGGAAAAUUUGCCAAAAAAAAUGCCCUGAUGUGUCGUAGAACAGUUUGAUGAGCAUUUGGACUACAGUAUUUUUUCUUGUUGACUGCUUUGACUCAUUAUUCUUAUCCAAUAUAAUGUGCAAAACUUUUUUAUCCAAUUACAAAUGGUUUUAAUUGUACAUGUUCAGCUGUUCAAGAAGGAUUUUUUUCCACUGGAUUAUUAUGAUGCUUUCACUUUUGAGUACUGAUUUGUUGCUGCAUUUAUCACAAUUUGUAUUACUGAUGGCACGCUUGCUUUGACCCUAAUUAAAAUAUAUACUGAAGUAGGAGUAUAA